AUGAGCUUCAACGUAAGGUCAAUUCAGUCUGGUUUUCUAACUUUGAAGGAGUAUGUUGUUGACUGUGCUGUCGAUGUCGUGGGUCUCAGUGAGACUUGGCUAACCCCAGAUAUUGAUUCCUCCUCAGUAUUUAUCAACGACUUCAAUGUCGUUAGAGCAGAUCGAAAUAGCAGAGGCGGGGGCGUCGCGUUUUAUGUGAGAAAUGGUAUUGCGUUCAAAAUAUUGCACUCUAAUAUCACCGCAGUAUUGGAAGAACUUUGGAUCUCAGUAAAGGUUAAUCAACGCAAAUAUUGUCUAGCUAUAGUCUACCGUCCACCAUCGGCAAAUGUGCUUGACUGUUUUCAUCAAUUAACUGAGUCUUUAACUAACCUUUCACUCGAUAAUGAUUACGCAAUUGUCAUGGGCGAUUUUAAUAUUAAUGUUUUAGUGAACGACGUCCGAUCCGAGAUGCUGAACUGUUUUCUUGAGUCUUUUGAUCUGUCUCAGUUAGUGAAAGAGCCCACACGUAUAACUUCCAAUAGCCAGACAGCUAUAGACUUGCUCAUGGUUAGCUCUGCUGAUAUAAUAAGUGGUUAUGAAGUUGUUGACGUAGAUGGAAUAUCUGACCAUCUAGCCCUAAUAUUUUAUGUAGAUGCAUCGGAGAUAAGCAACCUAUGUAAACUGAGGACAUAUCGUGAUUACUCUACCUUUAGCCUAGACAAUUUCUACCAUGAUUUACUUUUAAUAAACUGGGAUUUUAUAUAUAUAUAUACGUUGAGAGAUGUGGAUCAAAUGAUUGACUUCCUGAGCUCUAAUAUCUUGUGCACCUUCAACUUGCAUGCUCCUGUCAGAAACAUUCGAGUUACCAAGCCACCAGCUCCUUGGCGAACAUUCAACAUAAAACUCAUGAUGCGAACAAAAAGUGACGCAUAUAAAAAAUUUAAACGUACAGGAACGAUUGCUGCCUGGGAAUUCUAUAAGAAAAUCAGAAAUUAUGUUUCUAGUGCUACUAGGCGAGAGAAAAAAGCCUACCUCGAUUAUGUUAUGAGACAUAAAAAUUCGAAGACUACAUGGAAUAUACUUAGAUCUUUGAAUAUCAUUAAACAUAACUCCAUAAGUCUACCUCCACAUCUUCAGGAUCUCGAUUCAUUAAAUAGUGCUUUUUUAAACGUACCUCAAACAACCAAAUCAUUAACUCAAUUGAACCUUUUAGACAAAUAUGAAAACGUCAAGAAUAGUGGUACUUUUCUGUUCACGACAGUUUCCCCUGCCACUGUAGAGAAAUUUAUUAAUCGCAUCAAAAGUCAUGCUAAAGGCUCAGAUGGCAUCACAACUGAUAUGAUCCGUAUAAUACAAAAGCAUUUGCUCAAGUAUAUUACCUUCAUUAUUAACUUUUGUAUAACAAAUAAUCUUUAUCCCUCUUCCUGGAAGAAUGCUCUUGUUCUCCCUCUGCCUAAAUCUAAUUAUCCUUCAAGUUUUUCUGAUCUUCGUCCUAUAAGCAUUUUACCAAGUUUAUCUAAGCUUUUGGAAAUGGCUCUACAUGAGCAGCUGCACACAUUUGUUUGUCAAAAUAAUUUACUGACCACCUCCCAAUCUGGCUUCAGACCAUUACAUAGCACCACCACUGCGCUCCUGUCUAUAUCGGAUAAUAUUUAUAGCGCGGUUGAUCAAGGAAAGCUGUCCUGCUUAGUUCUUCUUGAUUUUAGCAAGGCCUUCGAUACGGUUGACCCAAAUAUUCUCUGUAAAAAGCUUAGAUACUUUGGCCUGUCAUCAUCGGCUUGCACGCUGAUUAAGAGCUUUUUAACUGAUCGCUCACAGUCUGUCAUAUAUGAAAACAAUAUAUCAACUUCUUUAUUCAGAAAUUUUGGUGUCCCUCAAGGAUCUAUUUUGAGUCCCCUUUUAUUUGCUCUUUAUAUAUGUGAUUUUCAUGAAACCGCCAGCAACUCAAUCGUUCAUCAUUACGCCGAUGAUACCCAACUUUAUAACUGCUUCGAUCCUGAUGAAUAUAUGCUUGGCCAACAUCAAAUAAAUCAAGACCUGCAGUCUAUUUUUGACAUAUCUAGUGCUCACAAUCUAAAACUAAAUCCUGGCAAAUCAUGCUGCAUUUUAUUUGGGCCCAAAAAGAAUCGUGAAAUAAAUCAAUAUCGCAUUAAUAUUAUGGUGAAUAAUGAAGACAUAUCCUUCGUAAACGAAUGCAAAAACCUUGGUAUCUGGUUUGACUGCAAGCUACGCUUCACUAAACGUGUUAACCAACUAUGCAAUGCGUCCUAUAAUGUGCUUCGUCAGUUAUACCCGAGUCGAAGUGUCCUGUCGACACAGCUCAAGCUUAAACUCUGCGAGUCCCUUAUCCUGUCAAAAUUAUCUUACGGUGACUCUGUUUAUGGACCUGCUCUUUUACAACGUGAUGCCGAGCGGAUUCAGAUGAUACAAAACUCAUGCAUCAGAUUUUCUUAUGGAAUCCGUAAAUUUGAUCAUAUUAGUAGCGCUUUUGACCAAUCGGGAUGGUUUAAGAUGAACAAAUUGAGGAAACUGCAUUGCCUAUCUUUGGUACAUAAGACCCUUAUUAAACUCAUCUUACUUAUCCCGCGGCAUUCGACAGCAUUGUUCACACGCAGUUUCUCGUACUGGGCACCCAAACUAUAUAACUGCUUAUCAAGUGAGUAUAAAGAAUAUAUAUAG